UUGAGCGUGUACGGUUGUUUUGUUAUCGCGCUGUUUGUUAAUUUUCAGUGUUUUUAUUAAAUUUUAAUUCUAUAUUUCACCUCCAAAAUGGAAGAAGGAGACUUCGAUCAGCGUCUCAGAGAUUUGCAAAGAGAAUAUCUUGAGUUUUUAGAUGAUGAAGAAGAUCAAGGUAUAUAUGCUGAAAAAGUGAAACAAAUGAUUGCGGAUAAGUCACAGAGGUUGAUUGUGAAUAUCAAUGAUUUGAGGAGGAAAAGUCCGGAGAGGGCUCGUAACCUCUUAGAGACGGCGUUUGAGGAACAGAUAGCAUUCCAACGGGCGUUAAAAGAUUACGUCUCGUCUAUAGACCCGACGUACGCCAAACAUCAAGAGGAGUUCUUUGUAGCUUUCUCUGGUAGUUUUGGUACAAAACAUGUUACACCAAGGAGCUUAACUUCACGAUUUUUGGGUAAUCUAAUAUGUUUAGAAGGCAUUGUGACCCGUGUGUCACUGGUGAGGCCGAAGGUGGUGCGCAGUGUGCACUACUGCCCGGCCACUAAGAAAGUUAUGGAGAGGAAAUACACUGACUUGACAUCCUUUGAAGCUUUCCCAAGCACUGCUGUUUAUCCAACUAAGGAUGAUGAAGGCAACCCUCUAGAGACUGAAUAUGGUCUAUCCCGAUACAAAGAUCACCAGACUCUGACCAUCCAGGAGAUGCCAGAGAAAGCCCCAGCUGGUCAGCUGCCUCGGAGUGUUGAUGUUAUAUGUGAUGAUGAUCUGGUGGACCGCUGCAAACCUGGAGACCGUGUGCAGGUGGUAGGCAACUAUAGGUGUCUGCCUUCCAAGCAGGGGAGCUUCACUGCUGGCACUUUCAGAACAAUACUGAUAGCGAACAAUAUCACCCAAAUCAACAAGGAUAUGAACUUGAACAUCACUCUGGAGGAAGUGAAGCUAUGCAAGCGUCUCGCUAAACGGACCACGGUUGACAUGUUCGAGCUGCUAGCAAAGUCACUAGCACCGUCCAUUCAGGGUCACGAGUACAUCAAGAAGGCUAUAUUGUGUCUGCUCCUGGGCGGCAUGGAGAAGAUUCUCCCAAAUGGCACGAGACUUAGAGGUGAUAUAAACAUCCUGUUGAUCGGCGACCCGUCGGUGGCGAAGUCCCAGCUGCUCCGCUACGUGCUGCUGACGGCGCCGCGCGCGGUCACCACGACGGGCCGCGGCUCCUCCGGCGUGGGGCUCACCGCCGCCGUCACCACCGACCCCGAGACUGGCGACAGGAGGCUGGAAGCGGGCGCGAUGGUGCUGGCGGACCGCGGCGUGGUGUGCAUCGACGAGUUCGACAAGAUGUCGGACAUCGACCGCACCGCCAUCCACGAGGUCAUGGAGCAGGGCCGCGUCACCAUCGCCAAGGCCGGCGUGCACGCCACGCUCAACGCGCGCUGCUGCGUGCUGGCCGCCGCCAACCCCGUCUACGGCCGGUACGACCAGUACAAGACGCCGAUGGAGAACAUAGGGCUGCAGGACUCGCUGCUGUCCCGCUUCGACCUGCUGUUCGUGAUGCUGGACCUCGCCGACGCGGACCACGACAACGUCAUCGCCGACCACGUGCUGCGCAUGCACAGAUACAGAAAUCCGAAAGAACAAGAUGGCGAAGUCCUGCCAAUGGGAUCCCUAGUAGACAUGCUGUCCACAGAGAACCCGGACAAUGAAGAAAAUGAGGAAAACGACACAAUCUACGAGAAGUACGACCCGCUUCUUCACGGCAACCUGCGCAGCAAGAAGGAGCAGAUCCUGAGCACCAGGUUCAUGCGCAAGUACAUCCACAUCGCGCGACUCAUGAAGCCCAAGUUGACCCAGGACGCCUCAGACGCCAUCGCCGACGAGUAUGCCAGGCUGCGGAACCAAGACAUGAUGGACAGCGACGUAGCUAGGACGCAACCGGUGACUGCGAGAACCCUGGAGACGCUGAUCCGUCUAGCCACCGCACACGCCAAAUGCCGGCUCAGUUUUCAGGUAACCGCGGGGGAUGCCCAAGCAGCCAUCGAGCUUGUGCAGUUUGCUUACUUCAAAAAGGUGUUGACUAAGGAGAAGCGUCGCAAGCGCCGCGCGUCGUCGGCGGGCGCUGCGUCGGACAGCGAGCAGCCCGCCGCCGCGCAGCCAAGGGCCAAGCGGGCGCGGAAGACGCCACAAGACGGCCAGCCGGAGGACCCGUACGAGUUCUCGUCAGACGAGGAGGCGGAGCCCGUGCUGCGCGCCGCGCACACCGCCGAGCCCGAGCCGCGACACACGCGGGCCGCGGCCGCCACCACCAUACAGCCUGACAGAUUGGGUCAGUUCAAGCAGUCCCUGCAGCAGUUGUUCCGGUCGGAGCGCGCCAACUCGCUGCCCCUGGCGCGUAUCACGGCGCACAUCAACGAGCAGUACGCGCACGAACCCUUCUCCGCGGGCGAGGUGCAGGCCGCGCUGCAGCGCAUGACACACGACAACCAGGUCAUGCAGGCUGAUGACAUCAUCUUCCUCAUAUAGAACCUCUCAUCUGUCCAGAUACCAGUAUAGAAUAAGCAUCUGUAUUUUUAAUAAUACUAAAUAAAAUACAAGUGGCCAAUUAGUCUUUAAUGAUGUAUGACAAUUGUGCUGGCCUGUGAUUGCUUAGCGGUGACGGCCAUCUUUAGCAGCCGGCCUAUCAAAAAUGUUCAAACCUUUUACUGAGUGAAGUAUUUGUGCUUAUUCUCUCCACUUUCUCACUUCUUGUAAAACAAAAGUGAAUCAUUUCGCGUGCCUUUUCUUUCGUAGAAAAUGUACCACGAGUGCUGUGUUUGCAAAAGUUCACGACAGGACGCUGUUUUGCAUCAUUGUCUAUGCACCGAGAAAAGUCUCAAUUAGUGGUUGAAGUGUCUCGAAAAGCAAGUUAAUUUAAAGAUACACCAAGAAGUGAACUUUCGAAGCUCUUUAUGUGUACAAAACACAUUAAAGGGCAUGGAUUUAUCCCGUCUAAAUCUAAAGAAGAGUUUGCCUCCGACGCAGGAACCAUUUCUUGCAUUUUGUAAUAAAUCUCUCAUUUUUUUUAACAGCCCUUAAAAAAGAGGUUUAACGUUUAUCUGGGACUUUGAAAUAGGUAGUUACUUGUUUCAAAGUCGAAUUAAAAUUUACACACCAUCUAAUUUUAAGUUAUAUCUGUCAUUUUCUUAUCCGCCGAAAAGGAAAGGGACGGUUAAUCGACAGGCAUAAAAUUUAUGUAUAAAAUUGACGCGUGGCAAUUUUAUACAGAAUUUUUAUAAACCGUCCCAAAAUUUUAUCUUGCCAAUAACCCGACUGAAUUAAGUUGACAGCGCUCGUCAACCAGGUUGAAAAUCAGAGGGAUGCCUAUUUUAUUCGCCCGGGUUAUUCGUUCAUUUCUAAAAUUAGUAGUCAAUCAUCCGUUCCUUUCCUUUUCGGCGGAUAAGAAAAUGGCGGGUAUAACUUAAAAUUAGGAGGUCUGCAGGAAACGAGGCCAAUAUAUUUAUUUAGUGCCACCACAAUUCAAUUUUUGUGUUCACACUUCUCCGCCUAAAUAAGAAUUAUCCAUUCCGUUAAACACGAUUGGAUAUACAGGGUGUAAUUGACACCGUAACGAAUACUGAAGGGGAUGAUUCAGCUCAUGGUUCCUUGUUAAUAUCAAGUUGAAUUUUCCAUCGCAAAAGUUACACAUGAUGGAAAAGUAACGCUUUUGUCGGUGUAGCAUUCUCCAUGCUACUUUUGCAAAAGUACGGAACUGAAAAUAGUUUAAAAAAACUAACCAUAUUCAUGAGUUUAGCGACGGAAAAUUCAACUUGAUAUUAUGAUGGCCCCGAUUCCUGCAGACACCGCCUAAUUUUAUUUUAUGUUAUAUCCGUCAUUUUCAUAUCCGUCGAAAAGGAAAGGGACGGAUGAUUCACAGCUCUUAAUUUUAGGAAGAAUGAGUAAAUGAAUGAAUAACCCGGGCGAAUCAAAAGGUACGUCCCUGGUAUGCAAUCCGUUUGACGUGCUGUCUACUUAACUGUGUCGGGUUAUUGACUGAUGUAAAAUUUUUAGACGGUUGGUUUAGAUUUGUGCUUAAAAUUGACGUGUGUUCCAUAAAUUUUAUGCUUGUCGAUUACCCGUCCCUUUCCUUUUCGGCGGAUAAGAAAGUGACAGAUAUAACUUAAAAUAAAAUUAGAUGGUAUUUACAGGAAUUAGCACCAUUGCCUCAAAAUCACGAUCUAAAUAAUCCCUCUCUUUUCCGCGUGUCAGUCGUACGUAGUACGGCUACCUGUAUGUACUUGUAUGGGGUUUUAACGACGUCUUAAUACCUACCAAAAUGCUCUUUUUCUUUCGUCUUAAUAACAUUUUGGUCAUCAUGGAAUACGGUGUUGGUUCCAAUCGCGCCAAACAUCCUUGUCGGUUUAUAAGCCUGUGAAAUUAAUCUACAUCAAAUCUUCAAUAAUGUUCUAUUAUGUGCCUUAUACGAUUGUUAAUUAAUUCUUUGAAUUUGUUGUAAUCUAAGCUCGUACAAAAUGUAACUGUAUUUUUUUAAGUUUUUAGAAAUAAUCAGAAUAAAUUGAUCUGGAAAUCAA